AUCUUUCAAGUAUAGAUUUUCUAUUCCUGAGUUCCUUUCUGCCCCCAGAGUAAACAAGAAUUUAAUUCUACAGGCAUUGGAUCAGAUCUCAUAGCAUAAAGGUUGCUGAGCAGCAUAUGGUUUGAGUCUGCCUGGGCUCAGAACAACAUUUAUAGAGUUACCACAUUUUAUUAACUUCAGGAUCUUUUUGUUUAUAUUGGGAUGGUGGGACAACAUCGGCAUCUGCCCAGCUAUUUCAUCUAUAGUAGAAAUUAAAUCCUGUAGCUUUUCUUGCAAACCACUACUUGUAAAGCCAAACAUUAUUCCUGCAAGACAUCAUUUCAGUCUUCUGACAGGCCAUUUCCCUGUGGAUAUUCUUUCCUAGAUUCUAUCAGUAGAACCCAUGUAUCCAUAGAGACCGGAAGACCAUCUCUAACUACAGCAUCAUGAGGUUCUGGCGGAGACGCCCCAUGUUCAGACGUUCACACCUCAAAAUCCUGCUUAUUGGGAAUUCAGGGGUGGGCAAGUCUGCUCUGAUGAACCAGUAUGUUAACAACCGCUUCAGUAGCCGCUUCAGAGCCACCAUUGGAGCAGACUUCCUCAGCAAAGAAGUACACAUUGAUGGCCGCACCCUGAUAGUGCAGAUCUGGGAUACAGCUGGUACAGAAAGGUUCCAUGCGCUGGGGACUGCCCUUUAUCGGGGAUCUGACUGCUGCCUGCUCGUCUUUGAUGUCACAUCUAUCUACUCUUUUCAAGCCCUCGAGAAGUGGCACAAGCAGCUCUUGUUGCAGAUUGAGCCAGAGGAAGAACCCACUUUUCCCAUUGCCAUCAUUGGAAACAAGACUGACCUGGAGAAUCGUGAGCAGGUUUCUUCAGAGGAAGCUGAAAUGUGGAGCAGGCUUCAUGAUGCUAUCUACUUUGAAGCCAGUGCCAAGACAGCUGCCAAUGUGCCGGAGGUGUUUGAGUGGGCCAUACGGGCUGUACUGAAGAACCGCAAGGUACCCGAAGAGCCACAACUCAACUCUGUUCACCUAGAGACCAGGCCGCCAGAAGGGACAUACCGGGAAAGGUGUGGCUGCUGAUAAGCCCAAAUGCAGAUGGGAAGAUUUAUUUUUCACUACAGAUCUUUGACAUGAUGCAUGAACAAGAACAGGAAGUUAGCCCAUUGGGCAGUAACAAGAUUUUGCCAACCCUGCAGCCUGUCACUUUGGUAGCUGGAUCCCGUGAUAAGAUUUGUGGCCUUCUGGAAGAGAGAUCCUUAUAACUGAAGAACCUAGAUUGGGUGUUGAAUAGUCUUCAUCCAAACAUAUGGAAAUAAAUCUCAAUCUGAGACUUUUCAGUGACAGAAAA